GAUCUUGGUCAUGGCUCACUUUUGGCCAAGAACUUGAGUGGAAGAGAAGUGUAAGCGUCCAUUCGUAAUACAAAAUAGUUGGACAGCCGCGGAUCUUGCAUAAGAUUAUCUAGAAGAUACAUAGUGCGUGCCAAGUAGAGGAUACACGAAGAGUGUUUGAUUACUAAGACUACAUUUUUGUAAUACUCCGUUCUUCAACUGAAUCGGAUAAUUAGUCUUCAAUUGAACAUUGGAUGUGAUCUAUUUCAAACGGUUAAAAGUAUCUUCAGUGCAUAGUUUGUCGCGCGUGGACAGUAUAGUAGUGCCUAGAAUACUUCAUAAAAAUAAUAGAUAAUAGUUGUUUCAAAAAAUCCAAGAAAGCACCGAUUUGCAUUGAACUUUGAUAGUAAAUAAUUUUAUAUAACGGUCAUUAUGGCAGACGUAGAUCAUGAACUUGGAUCGAUUCGGUUUAUUGUGGAUGCCCCACUAUCCUCGAAAGUAGCGAUGUUCAAUAAUCGAGUGAAUCAGCAUAAGCAGUCACAAUUUUUGAAUCCAUUUUCUCAGGAAGAUGGCAGGAAGUCGCCACGCCCUUCAAUCGCUAAAGACGAAUAUGGAAAACCCAUCGCUGGAAGCUUAACAGAAAUGCGAGGGCAUAAAGCUAACAUGCAUGUGUGGAAGGAAAUCUAUGACCUAUGCAAAAUAAUCGAUGACGAAGGCACUCCCAAUCCCGAAAAUCCUGAAUUGAAAGCUAUUCUGUUUGGAGAAAUUUUCAAUAUCUAUACCCACAUAUCAGAUAAGUGUGUUGGUUUAUUGCUGAGAGCACGGAAGCACGGAUUGCUCGAUUUUGAGGGCGAAAUGCUUUUCCAACGUCGAGAUGAUGAUGUUCCAAUCUAUAUGCUUAAAACGUGCAACGAAAUACGCGAAAUAAUCAAAGAAAAGGAAGGUCAGCUCAGCAGAAGUGUUAGUCCCGCUCCUCUGCCUACAACCGUUCUCAUGAACAUGAACAGACGAAGUGCGAGCCCAGCACCGCCACCCAAGGAAACCAAUAUGUCCGAAAUCCUUCGACCGAAAAGCACUGAAGGAACGUAUAUAACGUAUGUAGAAAUCCAGAACGCUUCCUUGUGGGACAUACUGGCCUUGUUUAUAGGUGAAAUGUUAGAAAACAGACAAGUGACCCCACCAGCAGAAAUGGCACAACGACGCGUCAACAAAGACGAAUAUGGAAGGCCAGUGGCCGGAAGUCUCACUGAAAUGCGUGGUCAAAAAGCCGACAUACACAUUUCAAAGGAAAUUGUGCAAUUAUGUGAAAUUAUCGAUUCUGAAGGUGAAUCCAUAUCAGAAGAAAAUCCUGAUUUGAAAGGAAUAUGUUUCGGAGACCUUUUUUCUUUGUACACUCAUAUAUCAAAUAAGGUUGUAGGAGUACUGUUACGUGCGAGGAAGCAUAAGCUAAUCGAUUUUGAAGGAGAAAUGCUUUUCCAGCGGCGUGAUGACGAAGUGCCCAUUUAUAUGCUCAAAACUUUAGCGGAAAUCAAGGCCCAAGUUAGAGAGCAUCAGGAUGAUGUUGAAAGUCAAAUGUGUGCCAACCCUAAGGCUACAAACGUUUUGCUAGAUAAAUGAUAAGUGAAUCCCUUGGAGAAGAGAAUAGACUUCUUAAAAAAUAUACAAUUUUCUUGUCCGAUUUAUUUACACCUCUGUCUCAAGCUCUAGCUUUUUUUUCAUAUGUUAAAGUAAAUAAUCAAAAACGAUGUAUCGUAACCCAUUGAAUGUUUAUAUUUAUUACAUUAACUUCGAAAAUACAUUCUAUCAAAUUGAAUUCUA